AUGGAGUUUCCCGGGGGCAGUGAUAACUACUUGACGAUGUCUGGAUCUGGACAUCCCUUCUUAUCCACUGCUGAGUGCGCCACUAAAACCAUAGACCUCUUCGGCCUCGCUGGACCCUCUGGUGGAACCUUUCACACCCCCAGUCUGGGCGAUGAGGAGUUUGAGAUCCCUCCUAUCUCCCUGGAUCCGGACUCUGCACUGGUGUCGCACUUCGGUGGGCUGAGCGACCCAGGGGCUUCGGAGGGCACUGUGGAGGGGUCUGUUGUGGAGGGCGAUGACCCCACUUUCGCCUCCACGUACGGCUCCGCUCAGGGACUAGAUCACCUGAAUCUCGCUGUGAUGAGCCAGGCUGGAAACACGCUCCUGGGAGGGGGCCUGAGCAUGGACUUGGGGCACUCGAUGGCCUCUCAGUUUGGAAGCUCAUCUCCCGUCACCAUUGACGUGGGGUUGCUGGGCUCCAGUCAGCUGACUACAAUCGACCAAUCAGAGCUGAGCACGCACCUGGGGCUGGGCCUAAGUGGUGGGCCCUUGUUACCGCGGGCGACGGAGGAAAAUCCCCUGUCUGCCACCGCGUCACCAACAAGCUCCCUGCAUGAUGACGACAUGGAUGACUUCAGGAGCGUGCUGGUGGAGUCUCCCAUCUCCCUCUCUGUCUCUCCGGGGGUUAUCUCUGUGGAUCCAUCCCUCUCAGACCCCUCCUCGGCUGGGUACUCCUCCGUGUCGCCAGCCCCGGGACGCAGAGCUGUGGGGGGGAAGAAGCCCAAGAGGAAAAAGGACCCAAACGAGCCGCAGAAGCCAGUCUCCGCCUAUGCACUCUUCUUCAGGGACACACAGGCUGCCAUUAAAGGCCAGAACCCCAAUGCCACGUUCGGGGAGGUGUCCAAGAUUGUAGCCUCCAUGUGGGACAGCCUGGCGGAGGAGCAGAAACAGGUUUACAAAAGGAAAAAUGAAAUCGCUAAGAAGGAGUACUUGAAGGCUCUGGCCGAGUACAGGGCAAGCCAGCUGAACGCCACACCUAUCGAGGUGAUGGACACGUCACCCUCCCCCUCUCCGCCUGACCCCGCUCCUCCUCCUCCAAUCACAGCAACAACAGUGCGCACCACUCGCUCCCAGCAGUACAACCCUGAGGAGAACACCAUCACCAACAUUUGCGCCUCCAACAUCAUCGUGGACCUGCCCCAAGUCACCACACGAUCUAGGACAGGAGCCAUCAAGCCCACACCGCUGCCCCCAGACUCACCCACGUCCGAGCCUGAAGACACGCCCACCGUGACUAAAAUCAUCAUCAAGUCUACUCCGCUGCCUUCUGGUGGCGUGUCCGUCACAGCGUCGCCCGCUCCAUCCACUCGACAGCCGCCUCCGCUCAGCGCCCCGCCUCCCCCACGACUGGCCCCACCCACUCUGCAGACUCCGCCCCCUCCACUGCAGGCCAAACCCAGAGGGACGGGGACGGCGGUCGCUGCAGCCAAAGCCCCGCCUCCACUGCAGAUUAAACAAAUCAAAGUGGUACUACGGCCAGAUGCAGUCGCUGUUGUGAAGAGGGAGGAGCCUGUGGCGCUGGAGGUGGGAGGGGGCGCAGCAGUGAAGGGCGAGGCAGAAGAGGGGAUGGAGGUAGAAGUGACCGUGGCUCCUGGCCCCACAGCGCCCCCUAGCAUCAGCCCCAGUGUCUGUGUCAGAGCAGGCUGCACAAACAGAGCAGUGGAGAGUCAGGACUGGGACCGGGAGUACUGCAGCAACGAGUGUGUGGCCACGCACUGCCGGGACGUGUUCAUGGCGUGGUGUGCGAUCCGUGGACAGAACUCCACCACAGUUACAUAG